AUGCAUCAGGGCUCCGUCUUAAGCCAAUAUCUCUUCAGCAUGAUAUUAGACGAACUGUCAGCCAGCGUACAGAAACUAGCGCAGCCUUGGCUGCUUAUGUACGCUGAUGAUAUCGCACUGGUAGAUGGGGACAAAGGACGGCUCACCAGACGCGUGCACGCAUGGAGGGAGGCGCUUGAGAACGGCGGGCUGAAGCUAAAUGUGGCGAAGACGGAGUAUAUGGCCUGCAACAGCACAGAUCUGACGUCUCUCCGUAUAGGCGACGACACCAUCGAGCGCACGGACAACUUCAGGUGCCUCGGAUCUGUGCUUGAUGCAUCCGGGGACAUCAAUCGCGACAUCAAGGCCCGUAUAUCAGGGGCCUGGGCGAAAUGGCUCGAGGUGAUGGGUUUCAUUUGUGACCUCAAAAUGCCGGUCAAGCUGAAGGGACAGGUCUAUAAGACCAUCAUAAGACCUGUCCUUACAUACGGCAGUGAAGCGUGGCCAGUGCUGGAGUGA